AGUGGGACGGAUCCGGAGAUAUAAGCUCCUCUGCUGAGGAGAAGAAGACAGUGAGAGGAUGGAGGGAACAACACUGCUUACACUGACCUUGGCGUUGUGUUUGGUGCUUUGUAAUGGAGCUCCACCCAGCAUCAUACAGGAACCCACACCUACAGAAGAGCAAGAAGCAGCUGAGGCCUACCUGAAGCAAUUCUACUCAAACUCUAAGAUUUCUGCUUCUUCCACUGGGAGACGAGUGAACACGGAGGACUUUGAGACUGUUCUGAAGAAAAUGCAGGAGUUCUUUGGGCUGGAGGUGACCGGCAAGCUGGACACAAACACCAUAAACGUGAUGAAAAAGCCACGCUGUGGAGUUUCUGAUGCAUCUAAUUUUGGCCAUUUCCAAGGCAAGCCCAAAUGGCAGAAGAAAACCAUCACAUACAGAAUAACUGAGUACACAACGGAUCUGAGCCAGAGGGAAGUGGACGCCACCAUCGCCCAGGCUUUUAAGCUCUACAGCGACGUCAUUCCGCUAGACUUCAAGCAGAUUUACAGCGGCACGGCCGACAUCAUGAUUCUCUUCAAAGCCAGAUAUCAUGGAGAUUUUUACCCGUUCGAUGGUCCCAGUGGAGUCUUAGCCCAUGCCAUGUCUCCAGCCCCGGAUGAAGGAGGCGAUACUCACUUUGAUGAGGAUGAGAGCUGGACACUGAGCUCCAGAGGGAUAAAUCUGCUUCUGGUGGCUGCCCAUGAGUUCGGUCAUGCUCUCGGACUGGAUCACUCAAAAGACCCCACUGCCCUCAUGUACCCCACGUACCAGUAUGUGAAUACAAAUGGAUACAAGCUGCCAUUGGACGACAAGAAUGGUGUCCAGGCUCUUUAUGGUGCUCGUGAAUCACCAAAUCCUCCACUCAAGCCUGAUCCUCAACCUCAGCCCAAACCAGAGCCAAAACCUCAGCCCAAACCAGAACCAAGACCAGAGCCUCCAACUAAAAACCCACCAGAGGCCUGCAGGAGGGACUUGGUGUUUGACGCUGCAACAAAAAUAAAGGGGGAGCUGUAUUUCUUCAAAAAUGAGUACUACUGGAAGAAAACAGGCAGCAGGACCCUCAGGCAGAUCAGAAUUAAAGCCACGUGGCCCAGAUUGACUUCAGUCGAUGCAGCUUAUGAGCUCAAAUCGCGAGGCUUCACCUUCCUUUUCAAAGGUCAGCAGUACUGGACCGUAGGAGGCUACGUCUCUCCUCGCGCUUACCCUCAGCCCAUCUCCCGGUUUGGCUUUCCUGCAUCAGUGACUAAGGUCGACGCUGCGGUCCAUGUGGAAUCAACAGGCCGGACUUUGUUCUUUGUGGGCAGUAAUUACUGGAGCUUCAAUGAGAGAACUGGAAAAAUGGACCCGGGUUUCCCCAAAUCCAUCCAGCAAGAUUUCCCUGGCAUCGGCUCCAGGGUGGAUGCUGCUUUUGAAAACUUUGGUUAUCUUUACUUCUCCAAUGGCGCCCAGCAAUCAGAGUACGAGUACAGCUCCAGAAAAGUCCAACGGGUUCUUCUGAAUUACGGAUGGUUGAACUGCUACUAAACUCAGUGUUAAGCUGAACAGAUAUGUGUUAGGUCUGACCAUCACAUCUGAUCUCAAUGUUCAGUAUUAGUCUACUAGUUAUUAUUUUGUUAGUGUUAGUAUUUUUAUAUUAUUGAAGAACAUACAAUGUAUCCUGUAUCUGUACUGUGAUUUUUUUCUGUAAAUAGAAUGUAUGUGUAUAAUUUUUUUUAUAUCUUUUUUUAAACAACAACCUUUUACACAAAUGAUACAUUUCUAUUAAAUAUGCCUACAUGCAUACAAUGAGUCGUUUUUUUUAUGUUUUCAUUUGGAAAAACGUGAACAUACUGUGAACAAAUUCUCUCCAAUAUCAUAUUGAUAAAACAUAUUUAUUGUGUAUUAUUUUUGCACAUGCUAAUAUGAAUGUUUUUUGUUGUACUCAUAAAGACUAUCUAACAUCUAACUAAUGUGAAUCACAAUGUUAACUUUGUGUCAAUUUUUGUGAUGAAUGGACCAAUCGAAAUUCUUGGAAUAAAAUCUUUUGCAAAUCUACUUUUAAAGUAAAUGUAAAAAAUUAAAUACUUUUAAAUCUACUAACAAUUCAAUGUUAGUGUUUUUCCACCUAUAAUUAAGUUAAGUUAAUUCUAACCCUAACAUGUGGAAAGAUUAUGAAAUAAAACAAAUUAAUUCAGUGAUUAAAGACGCAUGUCCCAAUACACCUCUUCUCAUUCAAUGUGUUUUCUUUCUUUUUAUAAUUUUUUACAUUGUAAAUUAAUAUCCUGUGUUAAACAAACUAGAAUAUGUUUUAUGUUUGGAUUCUUCUAAGUAGCACAUUUAUCUUUAAGGACAGAUCUGCACACUCUUGGUAUGUUAAUCUCAGUGUCUAUAUGAGGUAGAGUCACCUGAAAUAGUUUUCUGAUUCCUUAUGUGUCUCUUGUCUUCUUGUCUUUAAUAUUAAGAAUUGUUUUUACGAUAUUUCUUUCUCUAAAGAAAUAAAAAGAAAAAAUGUUAAAUAAAACAGUGUUUAAACCUUU